GUUUUGUAGUCUCGUGUAUUUGCCUGUCGUCAAAUCUCAUUAAUUUUUAUACAUUCUCCAUUUUUCGUACGUUCUUUGAAAUUCCGCCUUGAAUCAUAAUACAGUUCCGAUCAGUUUAUUUCACUUAUGUACAGCGAAUCGUUUAUUCAUCAUCCGCGCUUAUAUUACCUAGUAAAAUAAUCAAAGAAUAUGCAGACGAGCUAAUUUCUUAUGCGCACAUCUCAUAUUAUUUUCUCGCUUUUUCUCUAGUCUCCCUUCAUAUUUUUUUUUCUUUCCAAUAUUCAUCGUUUAAACAAUUAUUGACAAGUACUCGUGUUCACAUUGUCUCUUCAAGUUAAUCGUACGAUCUGAACAAAGCAAUAUAUACGAAUCGAACUGAACAAAAGUGAACGUAGGAAAGUACUACAACGCCGAACAGAACAGAACAGAACGGAACGAAACGAAACGGACUGAAACAACUCGGUGAUUCGAGCCAAGAUGGUCCUGGAAAGUACGAUGAUAUGGUAAGUGUCGACAACAGCGAUUACAUGAGAAAUGGAGAUUUUUUACCCACGCGCCUUCAAGCACAACAGGAUGCCGUUAAUCUGGUUUGUCACUCCAAGACUCGAUCGAAUCCGGAAAACAACGUCGGCUUAAUCACAUUGGCCAACGUUGAAGUAUUGGCUACAUUAACCAGCGAUGUUGGUAGAAUUCUAUCCAAGCUUCAUCAAGUCCAACCAAAUGGCAAUCUAAGUUUGAUCACUGGAAUAAGAAUUGCACACUUAGCGUUGAAACAUCGUCAAGGUAAAAACCAUAAAAUGCGUAUUGUGGCUUUCAUCGGCAGUCCAAUAGAGAUCGAUGAAAAGGAACUCGUAAAGUUGGCCAAACGUUUGAAGAAAGAAAAAGUGAACGUGGAUGUUAUUAGUUUUGGUGAGGAAAGUGUUAAUAACGAAGUGUUGACAGCCUUCGUUAAUGCUCUCAAUGGAAAGGACGGUACAGGAAGUCAUUUGGUCACUGUUCCACCUGGACCGCACUUAUCUGAUGCGUUAAUUUCGUCGCCCAUAAUUCAAGGAGAGGAUGGAAUGGGUGGUACAGGUAUGGGAGGCGCUGCUUACGAGUUCGGCGUUGAUCCUAACGAAGAUCCAGAGCUGGCAUUGGCACUGCGUGUUUCUAUGGAAGAACAACGACAACGUCAAGAAGAGGAAGCACGACGAGCUCAAGCAACCGAAGCAGCUGCGAACAAGCAACCGGAAACUAUUAAAGAGGUACCCAACGAAGAAGCAAUGUUGAAACGUGCACUUGCCAUGUCCCUCGAGGGUGCUGAAGAUUCAUCUUCGACGACUGACAACAAUACUACACCGUCUAGUGGAAAUGUACCGGAUUUUGCUCGUAUGACGGAAGAGGAGCAGAUUGCUUUUGCCAUGCAAAUGUCUAUGCAAGAUCAACAAGAACACGAGUCUCUGAAGGAGGAGGCAAUGGAAGUCGAAGAAGACUACGCCGCUGUUAUGUCUGAUCCAGCAUUUCUGCAAUCAGUUUUGGAGAAUUUACCAGGCGUUGAUCCCCAUUCCGAAGCCGUCCGUCAAGCUGUUGGAUCUCUACAGCAAAACAAGGAUAAAGAUAAGGAGAAAGAAAAGGAGAAGGAAAAGGAAAAAGACAAAGAUAAGGAAAAGAAAUGAAAAUUCAAUGCUUCUUGGAUAUAUAUAUAUAU